UCCGUAUUAGAGUAAUCAAUUCAAUGAUCCAAUGUACUGUGAUUUGACCUCCGUACCUGACAACGGUUUGGGUCCGUGGUUCGCUACCGUGACACGGUGUGAGCACCGAAUAUUGCGUGAUUUGCCGCUGGAAGUGCUCAAAGGAAUGAAAUUGGAUGGAACAGCGGUGUAUCUCUAUUCUAGGUCUUUUUUUCUACUAGUUCUCUGGGGAGUACGAAUACCUAUCUAUACCUUAGAACAAAGAUUCCCAUUGUCACUCCAUACAUGUCUCUAUCUAUAAACCAUCAAUUUAGCAGCAUAUAGAAUACUACCAUACCACUAUGGCCCCCGGAAUCAGCGACGUGCCAGUCAGCAACGACAUAUCUCAGUCUCAAGCACCGACGAAACAACCCCCCCCUCUCAUUCACCACAGCCUAGUGACAGCCGAGUACGACGCCCUCAAGUUCCACGCCGCGGCGUCCCUACAGCUCCUCCCCCUCCUCUCACCAGACCAAAGGAAGGCCAUCACCACCCUCUCCGACCACCGGCUCAUCGCCUCGCCGUAUAACGACCCGUUGCACCUGCUGGAUCUGGACAGACUCGACACGCCGAACCGCCUCCUCGCACAGGCGCUGACCAUCUUCACCCCCUCGCGCGCCGACUACGCCACAGCAGGGUACGAGGAGUCGUUCAACUGGGACGACGUGUUCGGGUUGCUUGGCGAGCUUGCCCUUUCGGAAACCUAUCAAUGGCGACAACAGGCGUUUUACGUCGUCACGUUCCGAUCCACUUUAAAGGGCGACGCGGACCUCCUUCGUCUGCACGAACUGGACGCCCAUUCCCAUCAGGAAGCUACCGCGAGCGGCGGUCUGCUCAAGUAUUGGUUUGGAAGUAAAGAUGCGGAGAAUCGAAACCUGGCGACUUGUAUCUGGCGAGAUAGAAAUGAUGCUCGUUUAGGCGGUACAGGACCCUGGCAUAAACAGGCUCGUGCGGCCGCGGGAGCCAUGUACGAGAAGAUCGUCUUCACGACGCUGAAGCUGGUCAUCGAGGAUGAUGUGGCGGGCUGGAGGUUCGAGAAGUGGGAAUAGCUUUUGUUUCUGUUCGUUUUGCGGCAUCAAAGGAGUCAAGCAUGUAUAUAACUAGAGCAUAUAGGUUUCUUGGUAGAUGGUUAAGAGAG